AGCCAGUCAAGUAUUGGCGUAAGGUGGGCCUCCUGGCGUGCCUCACUUAUACCGUGCUCUUACAGAUCAUGUACGUCACACUGUGGAAAAAGGAUGUUGUCGUUAAGUUCGUGUUACAAAUGUCCGAGCUUGAACAACCAAUACGAAUCAAGUUUAUCCUUUCAAUAGCUUUCAGUGUUACCCGCCAGCGAUCCAAGGCGGACAGACCGCUCAAACCUCCUGGGAAGAAUUGGGCGAAGGCUCUGGAAAAACCUGCUCUGUACAGUGCAGUUGUUUGA